AGCGGCCCGCGGACCCUGCGCGCUCCACUCUGCGCGCGCGCUCCCGUCCCGCUUUCCCGGUUCUUAUAACCCUGCGGGCGUUGGUUGGCGGCGGAGGCGACGGCGACAUGGCGACCAUGCUAGUCGUGGUUCUAGGGCUCGCGCUGCUGGGCGCCAAGAGCGGCUCCAGAGCGGAGAGCCAGAUCUUGACUUCCAUAGACUUUGAUGGCUCCAAAACACGCCUCACCUGCAUCUUCAAUGGCAGUGAUACUGAGAUCCUGGGCCACCGCUGGAUGAAAGGGGACGUCCUGCUGAAGGAGGAUGAGCUGCGUAGUAGGACAACACAGUAUGAGGUGGACACAGAUGAGUCCUCGGGACAGUACUUCUGCAUGUUCCUCCCGGACCUAGGCAGGAGCAGCGUGGGCGUGAAGGGGCCCCCCAAGAUCAAGGCCAAGAAGAAGUCAGAGCAUGCCACUGAGAAGGAGGUGGCUGUGCUGACCUGCGAGUCUGAGUCCUUCCCCCCAGUGACCAAGUGGGUGUGGUACAAGAUAACCGAAGCUGGGGAUCAGGUCCUUACCAACAACUCCCAGAACAAGAUUGUGGUGUCCUCGGACACCACGACGGAGCUGCACCUACAGAACCUGGACCUGGAGGCCGACCCCGGCCAGUAUGUCUGCAACGGCACCAACACAGAGGGCACUGGCCAGGCCAUCAUCACGCUGCGUGUGCGUAACCACCUUGCCGCCCUCUGGCCCUUCCUGGGCAUCGUGGCCGAGGUGCUCGUGCUGGUCACCAUCAUCUUCAUCUAUGAGAAGAGGCGGAAGUCGGAUGACGUCCUGGAUGAUGAGGACACAGGCUCUGCUCCACUGAAGAGCAGUGGGCACCAUGUGAAUGACAAAGGCAAGAAAGUCCGCCAGAGGAACGCCAACUGAGUGGCGAGGGGUCUGCACAGGCCCGAGCUGCCGUCCAGAGGAGCCCCAUGUCCAGGGUAUCCGUGCCAUUCCAAGUCCUCUCCUCACGAAGGAAACCUGCCCUGCAGAGUAGACCGUGCUGUGGGUGCAGAUCCCAUUUUCUCUUAUUUUUAAAAAGUCUAAACUUGGGUUUUCUCUAUGUAGAAUUCCAUUCCUUAGGGUUUUUGUUUUUUCUUUUUAAGAGCACUCUAGGGGAGCCUCGAGGUUCUGUGGGAGGCCCCUUCUGCCCACUGCCCAUCCCCACCCUGCACCCAAAACCCAUACCUUCCGUGUCCCCUGGGCAUUGAGCUUUCUAGUCUGUCAUGCUGGGGGUCUGUGGAGGGCACAUUGGCCUUUUCCUGAGACUCUUGCUGCGGCUCACCUUUGAGGCUGCUGGGCCUUGGUUCUGCCGCUUCCCUGCCAUUUUCAGAAGGUCACACACAGGUCACGAUGCCUGGCAUUCUUCCUGUCUGAAGCCAGCACUGUGGCAUCACCACAGGUCUGUGUGACGUGGGACAGGCCACCCCUUGGGAUAUCUCCCUCACUGCUCCUCCUGUCCCCAUGCUUGGGGGCGGUGGAGCAGGCGACCAGCGUGGAGUGGGAGUUACUGUAACUCCUUCUUCCCCAUUCGUGCCCACGGUGACUGAAGAAGCCUCCACAUCGUCCUGACUGAGAUGGGAACCCCCCUGCCCCGCUACCCCCCCGCCCCAACCAAUAAAGGCAGAUCCACCUC